AUGUCCGGUCCGAGCACACGAGAGAAGAAUAUUUCGUUAAUAGGAGUCGGGCGUCUUGGUCUUUGUUUGGCACUUGUCGCGGAACGGGCCGGCUAUCACGUCUUGGGGGUCGACGUCUUGCCGCAGUAUGUGGAGGCACUCAACGAGCGUUCGCUCAAGUCGAACGAGCCCAAAGUUAUGGAGUACUUAAAGGCAGCUAGAAACUUUCGAGCCACGACUGAGUUGGAUGAAGCGAUAGAGUUCAGCGAUCAUCUGUUGGUACUGGUUGCGACGCCCAGCACCGGCGGCGACCGGCACUACGACGUCACGCAGCUCUCGCGUGUUUUGAUGCACAUCAAUACUCGCCGGCCGCGCAAUAAAAUCAUCACCAUAUGUUGCACGGUGAUGCCGGGAUACAUAGCAAAUAUUGGGCGUGCACUGUUAGGGGACUGCGAAAACGUCCAACUACAAUACAAUCCUGAGUUUAUUCAACAAGGCAACAUCAUCGAAGGUCUCGAGCUGCCCGAUACGGUUCUCAUUGGUGAAAGCAGUACGUAUGGCGGAGACCUGCUCGAGCGUCUUUGGCGAUCCUUUGUGCGGAACCCAGACCAGAUCACCGUGCACAGGAUGUCACCGGAAUCCGCGGAAAUUGCGAAGCUCGCUCUGAACUGUUUCAUCACCAUGAAAAUCAGCUUUGCGAAUUUUAUUGGCGACGUCGCGGAUCGCACACCAAAUGCAGACAAAUACGCAAUCUUGGCGAGCGUCGGCGCGGACUCACGUGUCGGGUCCAAGUGCCUGCUGCCUGGCUACGGCUUCGGUGGACCCUGUUUCCCGCGCGAUAAUCGAGCAUUUGGCGGCUACGCUGCUUCUGUUGGUAUUGAUCCCAUGAUGAGUCGUGCAACAGAUACCUACAAUGAAAAGCAUGCUACCUAUAUGGCUGAGGCGUUGUUAGCGAAGAACCUUCCAGAAUAUACGUUUGAAGGCGUCACCUACAAGCAUCCAUGCGCUGUCCCGAUUAUCGAGGAGAGCCAGAAACUCGCCGUCGCCGCACGCAUUGCUCGCGCUGGACGUCGCGUGCGCAUCCGCGAUCAACGCGAGGUGAUCGAUGCGUGUCGGAUGGAGUGGGGUUCCCUCUUCACGUACGAAAUUGUAUCUGAUGGCAAGCAUGUAGGAUCGGAGGUGCCGAACGGUACCGCAUCGGAGUUUGGUGGCGGCAAGCAUCAAUCGGAGGCAUCCUUCACGCCGCCGCGGAGCGCAGGCACCGGUGACGUUUGUCACGAGGCCGCGCUCAACGCGCUGGACCCACGUCGCGGCACCCUCUUGGACUCUUUCGAUCGUACCCGGUGA